AGAAAUUAAAUAAUCAUGGAGUUAUCCGCUCGUUUGCUUUGGUUCUUAGUACAAGUUCUUUUAGUCGUCUUGGAGACUUUAGCAGGUCAAGGUUGCCCAAUAACGUGUCAAGGGGGCAUCAUUCAGAGUCCGAAUUAUCCACACGACUACAACAAUAGCCUUAACCUUGAGUGGACACUAACGGCGCCCCCUGGGCAGAACAUACUUCUAAACAUCUCCGAUCUCUUCCUUGAGUGUGGCUACGACUAUCUCGAAGUGUUUGACGGCAACGACUAUGACAGUACAAGGAUUGCCCGCUACUGUACGCUUGACCACCAGACGGUCAUCGCCUCUCCAGGGAACAUUCUCUACGUCACAUUCACGACAGACGACAGCGUCACUAGAUCAGGAUUCUCACUGGAAUACUUCUGCCUUGAUUGCAAUAAAAACCUCACCAACCCAACUGGUGAAAUAUCCAGCCCUCUCUACCCAGACAGUUACAUGGACGACGCCUCCUGCUCCUGGUAUAUCAGCGCCCCAGAGGGUCAACAAAUUCUUCUCAAUUUUACCUACAUCAACACUGAAUGUGGCUAUGACUACGUGACGGGCUACGACGGAAGCAGCGUUGAAGCGAGCCAACUGUUUCACGAAUGCACGCUUCCAGACGAGAGAGUCUUCCUGUCGUCUGCUAACCAAAUGUUGAUUACGUUCACCUCAGACAGCUCCACGGUCUUCCCAGGAUUCCUGGCAACCUACACAUUCUACACUUGCGGUGGAGUACUGAAAGAUCCUGAAGGCGUGUUUACCAGCUACAACUAUCCUUCUAGCUACUACAACAAUCUGAACUGUGAAUGGACCAUCCUCGCUGGAGACGGUUUUAUCAUUGAGUUGACACUGGACUUUGUGGACACAGAGUGUCACCGUGACGAUGUGACGGUCUACAAUGGCAGCACCAAAGAGAGCGGCGUCCUGGGCCGUUACUGCAGGGAGUAUCCAGUCACCAUCCACACCAACAGCAGUGUGAUCCUAGUGACUUUCCACACUGACAGCAGUGUGGUGGCCCAAGGUUUCCAUGCCACAUAUAGCAGUGUCCAGUGUGCCAGCGACGACAAUGACGAUGGUAGUAAGGACGACGAUGAUAGCUAUGGAAGUGGAAAGGAAAAUAAAAAUGAUGAAGGAUAUGGCGAUGGAGUUAAAGAUGAUGGUGAUGAAUAUAGUGUCGGAAAUGAAGACAACGAUGAGGAUGACGAUAAAGAAGAUGAUGGUUAUGGUGAUGGAUUCAAUGAUAGCAAUCCAGAUGAAGAUAAAGAUGAUGAUGGUUUUGGCGAUGGAGAUAAAGAUGAUUAUAGUUAUGGCUUUGGAGAAAAAGAUGAUGAUGGUUAUGGUGCUGGAGAUAAAGAUGAUGAUGGUUAUGGCGUUGGAGAUAAAGAAGAUGAUGGUUAUGGCGUUGGAGAUAAAGAUGAUGAUGGUUAUGGUGUUGAAGAUAAAGAUGAUGAUGGUUAUGACAUUGAAGAUAAAGAUGAUGAUGAUGGUUAUGGCGUGGAAGAUAAAGAUGAUGAUGAUUAUGGCGUUGGAGAUAAAGAUGAUGAUGAUGGUUAUGGCGUGGAAGAUAAAGAUGAUGAUGAUUAUAGCGUUGGAGAUAAAGAUUAUGAUGGUUAUGGCGCUGAAGAUAAAGAUGAUGAUGGUUAUGGCGCUGGAGAUAAAGAUGAUGAUGGUUAUGGCGUUGGAGAUAAAGAUGAUGAUGGUUAUGGCAUUGGAGAUAUAGAAGAUGAUGGUUAUGACGUUGGAGAUAAAAAAGAUGAUGGUUAUGGAGAAAACGUUGACGAUAAAGACAUCAAUAACUACGGCGAUGUCAUUGAUGAUGCUGAGAGUAAAAGUGAUAAUAAUUUCGGCAGUGACAGUACAGAUAAUGAUAGCGACGUUGACACCGAUGAAGAUUACGACAAAGAUAGCUAUGGAACUGGCGACGAUAACAGCAAAGAAGAUAACAGAAAAGACGAUUAUGGAGAUGUCAAUAACGAAUGGAUAGACUCGUACAAAAAGUAA